AUGUCUGUUAAGCCAGCUCCAAAGGGCGGCAAGUUCGUUCACUGCGUCGGCGCCCCCGAAUUUGAUCCAGACGCCUACGUCAAAGAUACCCCGCGCCGGGAAAAGGCCAUCGAGCUCCUCGCGCAGAACAAUCUCUACUCCGCCAUUAACGUCUCCUUCAGCAUCGACCCCAAGCGCGACACCUAUGUCUACCAUGCCAUGACAUCCGUACGCCUCGCCCAGGUGCAGGGCAUCGUCAACAUGGGCGGCGAGAACGGUCUGCAUGCGUGGUAUCGCGACGACGAGGGGAAGCCUCAGCUCGAUCCUCCUCCGCAAGCGGACAUAGAAUCAUACAUUUCAAUCUUCGCCCCAACAACACUCACCACUUCGGCUCUGAAAUCCUUCCUCUCAAACGCCAAAAAGUCCUCUCUCCGUUUCGCCGUAGCAUCCCACCUGUCAUCAAAACGCCACAUCCAUCCAGCCCUCGCCUCUACCCUUACUGUCCCUAAAUGUAAAAAGGCAACCUCCUGUCCGCCCAAUCCCUACUUCGACUUCUGGGUGUGGUCCUGCCGGAACCUAGAAUGGUGCGGCCCACACCCUUCCUCCGCGCAACGUAUGCAAUCGCACCACAUCUUGCCCAUCUUCAUGCACCACUUCGGCUGCGCCACGCCCUCCCACGAAGCCCUCUCCAUCAUCAAAACCCUUGCGGCGGGCAGGACCGUAGCGGAUAUAGGAUCAGGAAACGGCUACUGGUCCUUCAUGCUCCGCCUCUACGGCCUGACGGUCCACGCCGUGGACAAUAUGCAGUCCGAAUGGCGCGUCAACUGGAUCCCGGACACAGAGAUCGCGGACGGCGUGAAGUGGCUCAAGAAGCGCGACUCCGGCAAGGACCUAGUCCUGCUCCUCGUGUACCCCGUCGUAGGCGGCGGCGUUGCGGGCGGUUCGGAGGGAGGCUUCACGAGAGGCCUGGUCGAGGCGUAUGAGGGCGACACCAUCGCCGUGGUGGGUACCCAGAACGCUAACGGGUACACGGGCUUUAAAGACGUGACCAUGGACCAGUACAUGGAGAGAGAGCACAAGGACUGGACCAAGGUCGUGCAGAUUCCGCUGCCGAGCUUUGCUGGCAAAGACGAGGCUUUGUUUGUCUUCCAGAGAGGGGAGAGGGCGCCUAAGGAUGUGCCUGCCGCUGCCGAGGAUGCUAAAACGGAGUAA